ACGGCGCUCUUUAAGCUCCGGUGCGCGAUACAGAGCGGCCAUUCAUUGAAGGGCAAACCAAACGAGGGGGCAGGGGACAGGGCGAGCGUCACACUGGUGGACAGGGGAACGCACGAACUCCCGUGUUGAACGGGCGACCUCCUAAGCUCUGCAUUGGCGACAUCGGUGGAAGUGAAUGGGAAGUGCAAAGGACAGGAUUUGGGUACAUUCGAUUACGCACGAGUAGGCUAUGGGUUUACGCGUGGCAUAUAGGAAUAAUUCCAUAUAAAGGAGCGAGUCCGGAGCACAUCUCUCAGCUGUAGCUUAAAGUUUUGCAUUCUCUGAACAAAUUUACCAAAUUUUCCUGCAAGGAUAUUUUUUGUUGCCAAUCGAUAAUAGCCUAUACAUUAAAAUGUCUGGAGAGGAGCACAGUCUAUCCGAGGCAGAGUUGAGUCCCGGGGGCUCAGAUGAUGGUCACUCUCUGUCACCGGCACACUCCGGGACCACCGGCGGCCGGGACUCCCCGCUCAUCGGUCCGUCGCAGCAACUGACGGGGCUUUCUGGCGCAGAUGGCGGCGGAGAGGACGGUGGACUAGUACCAAAGUCCGAGGUGGAUAUGGACCGGUUCCCCAUCGGCAUCCGCGAGGCGGUCAGCCAGGUGCUGGACGGAUACGACUGGACGCUCGUGCCCAUGCCCGUGCGCGUAAACAACGGGAACAAGAGCAAGCCGCACGUGAAGAGACCGAUGAACGCCUUCAUGGUGUGGGCGCAGGCCGCGCGCCGUAAACUGGCGGACCAGUACCCUCACCUGCACAACGCGGAGCUCAGCAAGACACUUGGCAAACUGUGGAGGCUCCUGAAUGAGAGUGACAAGAGGCCUUUCAUUGAGGAGGCGGAGCGACUGCGGAAACAACAUAAGAAGGACUACCCAGAGUACAAGUACCAGCCCCGCAGACGCAAGAACGGCAAGCUGGGGACCAAUGGUGAGGGAGGGGAGGGAGCAGAGGGGGAGGGCAGCCACGCCCAGUCCCAUUACAAGGCCCUCCACCUGGAUGUGCACAGUACAGGGGCUGGGUCCCCCCUGGCCGACCUCCACCACCAUCAUCACCACCACCCUGCAGGUCAGGGUCACAGCCCGCCAACACCCCCCACCACCCCAAAGACAGAGCUCCAGUCUGGAAAGAUGACGGAGGGGAAGAGGGAGGGCGGAGGUGGCUCAGGGUCCUCCCGUGGAGGAGGCCUGGGGGUAGGAGCAGAGGGGGCCUCCGGGGGCCAUUCAUCAGCGGGCGGGAAACCCCACAUCGACUUCUGCACCAUGGACAUCGGCGAGAUCAGCCACGACGUGAUGGCCAACAUCGAGCCCUUCGACGUCAACGAGUUUGACCAGUACCUGCCGCCCAAUGGGCACCCGGGGGUUGGCCAGGGAGGCGCCGCCACAUCAAGCUCCUCCGCUACAUCCUACGCCUACGCCCUCGCUGCUGCCAGCGGCCACUCAGCCGCCUGGCUCUCCAAGCAGCAUCAGCAUCAACAGCCCUCCCCCUCUGCCUCAGACGCCACCAAGGCCCAGAUCAAGAGUGAGUCCGGGGCCGGGAGCCACUACGCAGAGUCUUCCUCCUCUUCGGCAGGAACCCACGUCACCUACACCCCCCUCAGCCUCCCCCACUACGGAUCAGCCUUCCCCUCGCUGCCCUCCAGGGCCCAGUUUGAGUACGGGGAGCACCAGGCUCCGGGGGCGUACUACGCCCACACCAGCCAGGCCCCGGGGCUGUACUCAGCCUUCUCCUACAUGGGGCCCAGUCAGAGGCCCCUCUACACUACCAUCACUGACCCCUCCAGCGUGGCCCAGUCUCACAGUCCUACACAUUGGGAGCAGCCAGUCUAUACCACCCUGUCACGGCCAUGAGAGACUGAGAUACAUGGGAUCGGAUGUGUGUGUGUGUGUGUCUCUACACCACCUUCUCACGACCCUGAGAAAGGGAUAAAGAAAGACAAAGAUUGGAAGGGUGUAGGGUGGCUACUGAAUAUGUGUGUGUGUGUGUGUGUGUGUGUGUGUGUGCGGGUUAGCAAAGGAUGGAUAUCUUACUGAUGUUGUAUUGGGAUUCAUUGGGACUUGACAGUGUAUCUCUAUCCAUGGAGUCCUUAUAAUCUUUUACUGUACAGUAUAUUUUCUAUCACAGCCAAUGGUCAAUAGCCAAUCAGAAUAAACCUUUAACCAAUGUGUGCCAUGUUUUAGUGUGUAAGGUCAGGAUCCCAGCUUCCAGAGUGUCAUAGUGUAUAGUAAGAGGGCUUAUUGUGAUGAUGAGCCCAGAGCACACAUAACUAAUACCGUAGUGGUAAGAAGGAUACACACAGGGUUUCAAAAUGCUGCUAACUUCCCCAAAAUUCCCAGGUUUUCCAGAAAUCCUAUUUGGAAGUUCCUGGAAUUAGGAGGGAAUAAGCAGGAUAUCCAGGAAUCCUCUUACUGGGAUUUCUGGAAAACUGGGGAAUUUGGGGAAAGUUAAUGGAAUUUUUCCAACCCAAGCUACCUAUAUAACAAGGUUUGAGUAACAUUGCCGGCAAGGACUGGCUUUCAGCGGGUUUCGACAGGCUAUCAGCCUAGGACAAAUACAACAUGAUGUUUAUCAGAACUGGGUUAUUAACCAAACUAAAGGAAAUGUUUGUGUGACUUCAUUUUAGUAUUUUUUUAUGACUUAAGUGAUGUAUUUUGUGGUUAUGUUUUAUAUGACUUUACAUUCUGGUUCGAUAUUAUUACACUGACAUAUCUUCACCACUGCUUUUGAAAGAAAGGUCAGUUUACUUGGGUAAAAACGUUAUGCGUUGGUCUACGGGCGUCAGGUAGCCUAGCCGUUAAGUGCAUUAGGCCAGUAACUGAAAGCUUGCCGGUUCGAAACCCUGAGCUGGCGUGGUGGAAAAAUCUUCUAUUCUGCCCUUGAGCAAGGCAGUUAACCUGCAACAACUACUCCCCGGGCGCCACGGGCGUGGAUUAAGGCAGCCUCCAUUGCACAUCUCUGAUUCAAAGGGAUUGGGUUAGAUGUGGAAGACACAGUUGAAUGCGUUCAGGUUGUGCAACUGACUAGGUAUCACCUUCUGGGAUGCUGCUUGACUCCUUAUGUGUUGCGUUGUGCAAAAGCAGAGUUGACGAGGAAAGAGGACAUGAAAAAGGAGGGAAAGAGAAUUCCUGGAAACACUUUAGCAUAGAGUUCUGGACAGCAGCACAUUACCUCAACUCAAUGUACAUGUGCCAAUAACACUCUACAUGCUCUAAUAUCCCCGAUGAGAAUAUAUUGCACACAUUUUUCUUAUACUACUCAUAAAUAAUAAAACUAUUGUUGAAGUCA